UUUUUUGAGGGGGUUAUUUUAACAGGGAACCGUAAAAAUGUCAAAGCCGGUAGAUCACAUCAAGAGACCCAUGAACGCCUGCGUAGUAUGGUCAAGAGGCCAGAGGAGGAAAAUGGCUCAAGAGAAUCCCAAAAUGCACAAUUCAGAAAUAAGCAAAAGACUUGGCGCCGAGUGGAAGCUGCUCUCUGAAUCCGAGAAGCGACCGUACAUCGACGAAGCCAAGAGGCUGAGGGCUCAACACAUGAAAGAACACCCAGACUACAAAUACAGACCCAGGCGCAAACCCAAGAACCUCCUCAAGAAGGACAGGUACGUGUUUCCUCUGCCCUACCUGGGCGACACGGAUCACCUGAAAGGACUUCCGCUCUCAGCCACGGACUCGCUUUUAGGAUCCUCGGAAAAAGCCCGUGCGUUCCUGCCACCCACAUCAGUCCCUUACUCCUUCCUCGACCCGAGCCAGUUUAGCUCCAGCGCUAUCCAGAAGAUGACAGAGAUGCCCCAUACUUUGGCCACCAGCACUUUACCUUACGCAUCAUCUCUGGGAUACCAGAACGGCGCAUUCGGGAGCCUGGGUUGCCCCAGCCAACACACCCACACCCACCCGUCGCCCACAAACCCUGGAUACGUGGUGCCGUGUAACUGCACCGCAUGGUCGGCAUCGAGUUUACAGCCGCCUGUUGCCUACAUACUGUUCCCAGGUAUGACCAAGAGUGGGAUUGACCCGUACUCAUCAGCACAUGCCACUGCUAUGUGACUCCACCACUAAAAACAGUCUCCUCUUUUGAAAACUUGAAUACAGCAAUGCAUGUACAUAAGAAGAGAGGAAUGAUCAAGACAUUUAU